AUGAAGGCGAACGGGAAUCAAUUGAAACGAUUCGACAAGUGGCAACUGAUACGCGGCGGGAACUCUCGUCAUGCGUCAUCACAUUUUGUCACUAAUAUCGAUCUUAAAUUGAAAGAAUUGACAGAGCAACUUGUUCAAUGUUGUAAAGAGGAAGCUUUCAUCGACACAGACAUUCACGUUUUUUUUAAUCAAGCGCGUAUCAAAUUGAAACAAGCUCUCCAAAGUCCACUAGAUUUCAAAAUCGAAUACGAUUCAACAUCGUUCAUCAAUAAAAUGCGUCUUAAAACGCAAGCUUCACUGAUACUUAGUACAACGUCAAUAAAUACAAUAGUAAAAGCAAAUAAUAAUGAAGAUGAUGAGUCACAUGAAUCAAAUGUCAUUUAUAAACGUAUUGUUCAAUUAUCAGCUGUUGAAGUUAAAACAGAUGAGGAAGAUGAAAAUGUUCUCUUUUGUGAACGUGCAAAACUUUAUUUUUUCGACUCCCAAACAAAUCAAAUGAAAGAACGUGGCAUUGGUGAAAUGAGAAUUUUACAACAUCAAACAACAAAUCGACUCCGUAUUUUAAUGCGGUCAAUGGAUUUUACCGAAGGUGAAGCUAAACAUCAAACAUUAUGUGUAAAAUUUGAAUCAAAUGAUAUAGCAAAAAGAUUAGUUAAACAAUUUAAUGAAGCUAAACAAACUAAUGCGAAUGCGUAA